UCUCAUCUCUCUGGACCUCACUGAAGCCAGGGGUGCACAGCUGGCUGUGAAGCCUCCUCUUCUUCAGCAUCCACAGCACAAGGACUCCUUUCAUGCGUUUUCUUCUUCUUUUUUUUUUUCUCAGCGUCAUGUCUUUUUAAGCCGUCUUGACUUUUUCCGUGUUUUGAUAUUUAUAUGAGGGGGAUUAACGGGCCCACCAUGGUUUUUCCGACAUAAAUCACCUUUCGCCCCCCCUUCGUUUCAGAGCCGGCCGCUUUCUGUUUACCUAUCACGGGGAGUGGAGAGCCGCUCAUUGGGUGUUUUCGCUGGGUUUUCUGGAAGCGGAUAUGGGCUCGUGCUUUGCUCCCCGGGCGGACUCUGAGGUGAAAACACGGGAGCCGCGCAGCUCCCGAUGAAGCGCGCCGCUCAGGUUUUCCUCCGGAGGAUCCGCGACAUGGGCUGAGCUCCCGCAGCGAUCUGCGCUCUCCUGAAAGCUGCUUAUCUGAGGAUGGACGACGGGAAACGGGGACGGAUGGAGUCUUGAGUUUUCACUCAAAACGUAACUUUUUUUUUUGUUCACCUUUCCAGCUGGGAGCGCACCGGGCCGAGGCUUUUAUGAACGACCUUCAAGUGAGAUGCAGAAAUAUAUAUAUUUUUUCUAGUGCUGCUCUGUUCUUAUUAAAGUAGCUCUUGGAGUUUCAGUAACUUAAAUUUCAGCCAUAAAUGACAAUGCGUCGUUGCGCGUCCACUGGACGCACGGAUGGAAACAUUACUAACUUAUUGGCAGAGCAGGCGUGAAAUCAACACAAGUGUUUUGUCUUAUCCACGUGAGGUGAUUUAUAGCGUAAUUUAACUGGAUAUCGAGCGUUUUCUUUUUUCUUUUAAUUCGACUGAGCUUCUGGGCUUUUUCCUCACGCGCGCACAUUCCUGGAGAGGCGGCCCCGCGUGCAGCGCACCACGGCUGGAUUUUCCUCCUCGGGAGUCUCUCCGUCCCUCCGACAAGGUCUCCCACCCCCCCCUCCUCGACCCCACCGGACCAUGUGGCUCCCGCGCCUCGCGCUGCUGCUGCUGCUCCGGUUGUCCGGGGUGUGUUUGGUGGAGGGGCUCAACACGUGCCAGUCCAUCAACCUGGACGCGCAGAAGUCGCGGCGCAUCGAGGCGGUGCGCGGCCAGAUCCUCAGCAAGCUGCGCAUCCGCAGCCCGCCGGACGACGACGAGGACCCCCCGCAGAGCGCCGUGCCCCCCGAGGUCAUGCUGCUCUACAACAGCACGCGGGAGCUGCUCAAGGAGCGCGCGCGCCUGGCCGAGUCGACGUGCGAGCGCGAGAGCAGCGAGGAGGACUACUACGCCAAGGAGGUGCAGAGGAUCGACAUGCUGCCCACGCGCGCCGACACAAAUGCAGUGCAGCCAGCGGCGCCGAACCCCCACUACAGAGUGGUCCACUUCGACGUCAGCGGGGUGGACCUGACCAACAGCACCAUGGUCAAGGCCGAGUUCAGGAUCUUCAGAGCUCCCAACCCGCAGGCCCGGGCCUCGGAGCAGAGGGUGGAGAUUUAUCAGUUGCUGAAGCCAGACGACGAGAGCACCUCCACUCAGCGUUACAUCGACUCCCGCACCGUUCAGCCCCGGGCCAAGGGAGCCUGGAUCUCUGUGGACGUCACAGAAACCGUCAAGGACUGGGUGUCAGAUCGAGAGAAUAACCUUGGCGUGAAGCUGGGCGUCCACUGUCCCUGUUGCACCUUCGUUCCGUCCACCAACAACAUCGUUCCCAACAAGAGCGAGGAGCUGGAGGCUCUGUUUGCAGGUGUGGACGACGAGCGGCUUCGCCAGAUGAGAAAACCCGGUCAGGUCAAAGGUCAGGCGGACUUCACCACCAAGACGCCGCACCUCAUCCUCACCCUGCUGCCCAGCGACCGAGUCGACAACCCCGCAAGGAAGAACCGCAAGAAGCGGGCGGCCGCCACAGACACCACCACCUGCACCCGCGGGUCGGACCAUGGCUGCUGCCUGCGCUCGCUCUACAUCGACUUCAGGCGUGACCUCAACUGGAAGUGGAUCCACGAGCCAAAAGGCUACAAGGCCAACUUCUGCGCCGGCAACUGCCCGUACCUCUGGAGCGCCAACAACCACUACAACAUGAUCCUGCCCCUCUACAACAAACUGAACCCCGAAGCCUCGGCCUCGCCCUGCUGCGUGCCUCAGGACCUGGAGCCCCUCACCAUCAUGUACUUCAUAGGCCGCACGCCGCGCGUCGAGCAGCUCUCCAACAUGGUGGUGAAGUCCUGCAAGUGCCGCUGACGGCGGCGUGCGCAGACGCAGGCGAGAGAGGCAGAGAUCUCAGAGCGACGGACUGCUUCUCUCGGGGCGGUGAGGUGCUUACGGACCUUCUGUUCUCUGUUUGAUUGCCUUUAGAAAACUUCUCAGAUGUUAUUUUUUUACCCCGCCUUAACUCAGACAUCAGGAUUUUUGCUGCCUUUUCUUUACUGACAUGAAAGCUUCUCCCAUCAUUCACCGUCUGGAACUUUCCGCGUGAUUUAGGACUCUGUAAAUAACAUAUCUCUAUUAAACCUGUACCUGGAUAUUAAAAUUAAAAGAAGAUGUGUGA